GUCGAUUGAUUCAAUUCACUUUUACAUGCGUCUUCUUUUUUUUCUGGAUUUGAUUUUUGUUUUCAAUCACAUAAUUUUAUCUUGAUUUUUUUUCUCAUUGAAUUGAAUAAAAAAUAAAUUAUUUUCGAGUUUGUCCGUUUCAUGUUUAAACAUCUUUGAAAAUAAUAUAGCAGCAGUAUCAUUUCAACAGAAAGAAACUCGCCAUUCAAUGUCUGCCUUAUUAGUUGUUCGACAGGAUUUAUUCUCAUUGAUCAACGUUAUCAAUCGAUCAAUUAUUACGCACAGCAAUAGCAACAAUAUUAUCAAACGUAAAUUAUUCGGUGGAAAACAUUCAAUCAUUAUUGAUCAUAAUAAAUUCAAUUCAUUAUCAUCGUUAACGAAUAAAGCAUCCAUAUCAUCAAAAGUGAAAAAAAUGUCUGCAACAAAAUUAAAUGAUGAACAACGUAAAGAAUUAUUACAACCAUUAUUGGAACAAAAAUGGUCAAUGGAUAAAUCUGGUCGUGAUGCAAUAACAAAAGAAUUUCAAUUUAAAGAUUUCAUUGAAGCAUUUAGUUUUAUGACACAAGUUGCCAUGAAAGCUGAAAAAAUGAAUCAUCAUCCUGAAUGGUUUAAUUGUUAUAAUCGUGUUAAUAUUUUACUUUCAUCGCAUGAUGUGAAUGGUCUUAGUGAACGUGAUAUUCGUUUGGCUAAACAGAUUGAAAUUUAUUUCGAACGUUUCAAACAAUAAAUGAUGGUUUACAUUCUUUCAAAGGGCUGAUUCAAUCAUCACCGUAAAUUUGUUGGCCAUCGAAAGUUUUCUUAAUACUUUUUUUCGUAGUUUUUUCCGACCAAAAUUCUGCUGUUUCUUCUUUUCUUUAUCAUCAAUUUGAACUGAAAUAAAAUUUUGUUUCAUUUUCA